AUGAGUAAUGCUGAGUAUUCGGUUGCAAAUCGAUAUCUUCCACUCCUUGAGUGUGAAUUUUAUGCAAAUUCUCCGAGUUCAUUCGAAAAAAGCCUUAUUCCGAUAUUCUACAGUCGACGAGAAUCGAAGCCGUCUAAUUUCGAUCGAUCUAUUGGAUGUCUUCCUGGUCUCUUUGUCAAAGUAGUAUCGGACUCUACACUACCUAAAUUUGAAAUAUCGGAUUUGCGUCUUUUUCGCUGUUCUGGUAAUGAAAAUCUAAUGAUUUGCAUUACAAAUGAUAACUGCGAAUUCACGAUUGACCGAAAGUUGAUGAUCAGGCCAUUGUCCAGUUGCGCAUUUUCAUGGACUUUUAUAAAAUCGACUAAAAAGUAUAUUUUUGCCGUGAUUCCGCCUCCACAAUCAUUCACCGAUAUUUACCUUCAGAUUCACACUGCUGAUUGGAUAGUUCACCUCGCAAAUCCUCUCGACCUUGAUGACAUUAAAUCAUGUGAUGAAGAGCCGGAUGGAAAUGUAGUUGAAGAUGCUGCCUCAGAGUUGACUCAUCCAUGGAAGUCUGUUUUAGAAUGCGACUUAGAGGAAUAUAGUGCAAAAGAAAUCUUAAGGAGAAUCUUCAGUUUUCACGCUGUUCUCGGUGAAUGGGCAACCCUUCGGCAAGGCCUAUUCAGUGGAUGUAGAGUUCGUUUGAGUCGAAGUUCAACUGGGAAAUUAAAUUUAGAGGCUUUAUCUUGUCAUAGAAAUAUGCACCAUCUACUUAUUGAUCGUCUUAAGCGGGAGGGUUUCGUGGUGCUGAAAGGUUCAUGGAAAUCUUGCGAAUCUGUGGUCGUAAACCUCAAUGACUUUCGAGAUGCACUCCUUACUGAAUUACGCUUGCUCAAAUCGGCAUUUUGUGGUCCAUUGAUUCGACAUAUUAUGGAAUCUAAACUCCCUCUCAUUACAGACGCUCUCCCGGGAACGUAUUCCGCUCUACAAGUUGCUAGUACUCUUGCGAAUUUGAGGGAUCUCGGGUCUGGGUGCAAGCCUAUUGAUCGAUCAGUGAUUUCUGAGGUUGUUAAUGAAAGGAGUAUUGGCGCUAUUGCUUCAGCGUGUGCUUCUACCAAUUCUAUUUUAAGUAGAUUAUCUGUCUAA